GCCCGUGCGCCCCGAGGGCCCGGGGAGAAGGGCGCGGCGGCGGAUCACCCGCUGUACUUUCGCAGCAUCACUCAUCUCUGGCUCCUCUUCUCUCCUCGCCCAGCCCAGCUCCGCCCAGGCCUCCACCUGAGAAGCUGGAUUUGGACCUUCUCGGCCUCGCGGAAUUCGGACUUUCAUCACCUCCACCCAACGCAUGUGGCUCUUGGAGAAAACUGGCUGCAGGGUGGGGACCGCGGAGCCCGGGGCCCGGUGGGCGCCCUCUGGCCUGUUCCCUAAGCGCCGCGCCCCGUCCCCGCCGGUGCGCGCCUGCCCCAAUGUCCUCACCCCGGAUCGCAUCCCGCAGUUCUUCAUCCCGCCUCGGCUCCCGGACCCGGGCGGCGCCGAGACCCCGGGCGGGCGCGACUCGGGCAGGCGCGGCCUCCCCGCGGCCUGCUCGCUGCCGCACCUGGCGGGCCGCGAAGGGUGGGCCUUCCUGCCCGAGAGCCCGCACACGCGCCGGCGCGAGUCCCUGUUCCACUCGCCCCCGCCCGCGCCCGCUGGGGGGCUUCCCCCGGUGCAGUCCCGGCUGCACGUCUCCACCCCGGAUCUGCGCCUCUGCCGGGCCCCUGACAGCGACACGGCCUCGUCGCCCGAUUCGUCGCCCUUCGGCUCGCCACGGCCAGGCUCCGGCCGGCCCCGACCACCCAGGCCGCACUCGCCGUCGCCGGAAGAGGCGAGCUCGGCGGACACCAGCCCGUACGCGUCGCGCCGCGCGGGCCCCCCCACGCUGCCGCUCUUCCACCUCGACGUCUUGUGCUGCCAGCUGCGGCCGACCAAGGAGAGCGUGCUGCGUCUCGGGCCCCGUGGCGGGCAGCUGCGGCUCUCCGCCGAGUACCAGGCCGGACCCCGGCGUCUGCGGCUGCGCCUGGUCAGUGCCGAGGGCCUGCCCCUGUCGCAGGCUGGCCCCGGGAGCGGCGGUGGCGGCUGCUGCGUGGUGCUGAGGCUGCGGCCGCGCGUCCGGCCGCGGGGCCAGCGGAGCCGCGUGGUCAAAUGCAGCGCCAACCCCAUCUUCAACGAGGACUUCUUCUUCGACGGGCUCGGCCCGCCAGACCUGGCCGCCCGCACUCUGAGGGCCAAGGUGCUGGAGAGGGGCGCAGGGUUCCGCAGGGACGUGCUGCUGGGGGAGUGUGAGACGCCGCUUAUUGCCCUGCUGCCCACCUUGGGUGGGGGGCUAGGUUCAGGGGCCUCCCUGGCGCCUGCCCAGCUCAGCCUGUAGGCUGAGAGACUGUCUCUUCCUCAGGAGGUCUCCACGGGGUCUGCAGUCAUUCUUUCCCUCUACCAGACAUCUAUU